UCUUGGUGCCAUCUUUUGCUUACACAAAGUACAACGGAUUUUCGCGUAAGGGGGCACAAUGACUGUGCUGACGUAAUCAAUAAAGCGGUAUUUAAUUUUGUUUAUUUAGCGCGCUCGCUCAAUGAAGUAGCUAGCGUGCGGGACUCAAUAUAAUGAGGCAAGGGCACGCAAACUAAUUCUGUCAAUCUCUUCCCGGCUCUUUUUUUUUUACCAUUGAUGGGCUUAUCCUUUUUUUUUUGCUUGCAUCCCCAGCCGCACCAACAUCACUCCGCGCGGCGUUGUGGGUCUUUUUAUUUGUGCCUUUCGUUGACUGGCAGCGGGCGAGUGUGUUUGAUCAGCCGGUCUUCCCGUGCCGCCCCGUCAGGGUAGGAGCGCAUGCGCGCUACGCUUCGAAAGUGCAUUUUAUGGAACAUCUCCGGUGCAGGCGUUUCCGACAUUCCGCUACUCGAACAGCGACAAAGGCCCUUUAUCUGUGUGUCUAUUCCAAGGCAAAAUAGCCGCUUCUACACCUUGCGAUGCAAUGUGCGGAUGACGUUCAGGCGGUUUUGUAACUAGAACGGCCAGACGACCGCCGUGCGCUGACCGGUGCGGCGUGCCGGCGCUGUGUGUAACUGUUGAGCGUACAGAGUAAAAAGCGUCGCUUACAUGCAUUCGUCGACGCAUCAAAAUGCCGCCAGCGCAGAACAAGACGCCGUCUGCUCCCGCACUCCUCGCUGUCGUCUGCGUGGCGUGUUGUGCCCUCGCGGUUCAGCAGGCCAGUUGCAGAAGGGUCCACAGAUGCUUUCUGGCUCGAAAGCUUCGCGAGGCUGGAUUUGACCGCUACCACGUUCUACACUUUCUCUGCGUGGCCAACAUGGUGAGCAAAUUCAACAUGACGAUGCAAGUGAAACGAGAGGGAGGUCAGCGAACUGUGGGAAUAUUUCAGCUGGCGAGUCAAUUCUUCUGCUUCGAUAAUUACAAGCCUGGUAUGCGCAACGGACGCUGUCAUGAACUCUGCGAUGCAUUCUUGGAUGAAAACCUUGAAGACGAUAUCCGCUGCGCAGCGCUGGUCCGUCACCUGUGGGGCUUCAAGUACUGGACCGGCUGGGAGCGGAAGUGCCUGUACGGCAAGGUGUCCCCAUUCCUGGACGGAUGCGACUACGAGAACUAAAAAUCAACCUAGUUCUUUUUACUGGGAUUGCUACAACACUUUUCUUUUCAAACAAAAACUGUUACUCUGUCAAAAAAAGAAUACUUGUGCAGACGCCACGACCUUAUCGACCCAUUCCAACUCAUCCCUAGUUUUGUCUGCACAAUUCAUUUAAGCGCGAUACAAUGUGUAUUCCUCUGAAUGUUUGCCAACGCAGAGAGUCAGACAUCAGAGACUCGAUCUAGAGUUAUGAUAUAUUGGGUGAAUGGUGCGUACACUAUACGGUCUUUGGUAUAUUUAGAAACAGAUUUUGCAGGGAACCCAGCAGACUUAGUCUUGGACACCUUAACACAAGGCCUGAUAGUAAUGAUGCUGGAGAGUCCGCUAGACUAGCGGUUUGUAUAUGUGUCCAGUUUCUUUAGUCAUUCUAGCACACGCUGAACCUAUAUCGCAAACAAUAAAGCAUCCACGUGAGGCACCGGGGUAAUAUACAUUUGAAGCAGCAUUUUGCUUUUCGAGUGAGGCACCACAGUCUUCAGGCAACAUUCAUGCUAGACUGUCAAAAAGGAGAAAGAGGAAGAGGAUGCAGUGGAUGCAACUUUGCAAGAAGUGUCGGCAAUCGCUCCUUCCUUGUUUCGACUUUCGGCACAGCUUUAAGUGACAUAAAUCUAUGCGCAAGUCCUUCAGUGAGUUCCCCUUCAAUGUGCAUUGCCUUGUUGCCUUGUUCGCCCAACUACCAAUGGACUGCGGAUAAAUAUGCCAGGUUUACACAGCUUAUUUGCAAUGCGCUGGAUAUUCCAUUGAAAGAAAGACACGGGGGUAGAAUGCUGCCUUGUGCACUUGCUAGUGAACCAUUCUGACUACCUAUAUAUUUAUUGGAGAGUCAUAUUUCCUCAUAGAAAAAAAAAACUGAAUCACAGGCAUGAAGUUCAAGCACAAGUUAAUUAUUGGCCGCAGCAAUUACAAAGAAGAAAAAGAAGCUUUCUUUUGUCACUGUUACCGGAAUUCCGUGCGUUUAACGUUUGGUUAAUCGUAAUGAUGAUUGUAGCAAAGUGAUCACCAAUACCAAUCGGAACUACAAUGUAGUGAAAUGAAGACACGCUCAGUGUGCAGGGGUACUAUUGAACUGAAGGUCAACGCUUGUUGCUUUUUUUGCCAUGAGUGGAUAUAGCUGGAACAAAAUUGCGUUCACAAAUGCAUACAUCGCGCCUGAAGGGGCUGUGUUUUUACACAAGACUGAUACGAAACUUUACAUUUAAAAUGCAUGUUCGUUGGCGUCUUGGUAGAAGCGAGGUUAUUUGGUUGGCGCUGAAUAGGUCUGCUGGCGUGCCUUUUUGGUUAUUAUUACACUAAAACACAAAUGCAAUUUUGCCCCUGGUGUACUUUGUUGCUUGUAUUUAAACAGAUACGUUCGUGUCUUGAUAUAUCAAGCACUUUUUUGAUAUUAAACCACGUAUUAUUGCAUU